GAACAGGAAUGACCGGAAACAGAUAAGACAACAGCAACAACACACUGGUCAAGGACUAACUACACGAAAUCGCAUAGAUAAUCUAACAACAACAAAAGUGUAUGUUACUUUACUCGACUUUUUAACUAAAAUAAAGACUGGUUGGACCCAGUAAGGAGUCAGUAUGUUCAGUUUUUUCGGAAAUCGUAAUAAAGACUCUUCCAAGAAGUCAUCGUCAGAGGGUGGUACAGAUGGGUUCGUGAUAAUAGGGAGUCCUAAAGUCAUUUCAGGAGAAACUGUGGAAGAACAGAGGAAGACGACCCAGAACGCGAACAUCGGCAAACCAUCAUGUAACGUUAUUGUGCAACCAUCAAAGUCAUCCAGUACCACACCUACCCAGGCCCACCACUCUCCAGCCCCUGCUCCACCUUCAGCGAUCGCCCCAUCACCAGGACCUAUGUGGAAGCCCCCCGCGCCCAUAGUGGAGGCAGCACUGUCUCUCCCAGAGCUACUAGGAGAUGUCCCAUUCACCCUGGCCCCCCAUGUUUUGGCCAUGCAGACAGGGGGUCCUGGGUUCCCCCUCUUCACUGAGAUGCUGAUGUCGCCCCAAGACAUCAACCAUAACCUGGCCUCCUUCACCUACGACUUCACCCUGGAGAACUCUGUGCUCUGUGACCAUUGACCUGUAGAUAGUCUACUUGCUGACUAUGACCGCUGACCUUUUGAUCUGUCAACCUCCCCUCCAAUACCAGCUCUACGUCAACCCUUGGUCGUGUUCAUUGGGCAGCAAACAGAUGAAAACGUACUGACACAAGACGUGACUACCUGGGCUUGUCCAAUAAGAAAGGCACAUGUUUGUUUUCCUUUCCAAAGUGUUUAUCUACGUUUGCCCUACUGAACACUACCCUGGACUGUCUUGGCUCGUUACCAUUCAGGUUUAGUUUCAGUUCUAUAGGCUCUGUCUGAGAAUGGUAGUACUAUAAUUAAUGGUGAACCUAUUUAUUGUGAUGAUCAGAGUUAGAAAACAGGUGUGAGUCAGUUGGGGUCAAAACUGCACCUGCCGGCAGUGAUGUAGGUUACACACAGUAUGUAGGUAGAUGGGUUCGCAGAGUUCCACCAUUAAGAUUGUAGACUACUAGUUCAAGGCGAAACACUUUCUGAUGCGCCUGUGAUAGUAGUGCUGGUUCACUGUUUUAAGAACGGUGUGUAUCAGAAGAGCGCUAGCUUCAUGUCUGACUGGCAUGCUUCAUCAUAGCUUUGUGUUUCAUUUGAACAGUGUCUGGGUCUACAGAUUCACCUGUUGUUGCUGUUAGUUUAGAAGUCACUGAUUGACCUUUGGGUUUGCACUAAUGUACGCAUGAGACAGAUUUCAGAUAGUUUUCAAAUCUUAUAAAGGAAAUGACACGUAUUCUUUAUUUGGUUACGAUGUUUUCUCUCUGCUGUCCUCACUUUUGCCCAUGAAGUUAAGAACGCUUUAACAAAACAUUUGGAAAAAGUGUUUGUGUAGCAUAAGAAUUUCUAUAGAGGAACUGUGUAGCUUUUUGAUCUAUUUUAAAAUGUAAGAAUAUAUAUCCCCUAUUUUUCAACAUGUAUUAUCAGGACUCACUCGAUAUGGUGACUCUUAUGUGGCCUUUCUCUCUUGAUCAUCAUCAGCAUGGCUCUAAUGAACGCAUCAUGUGUUGUAACUUCCCAAACGUUGUAUUUAUUGUUAUUUAUUCUGAACCAACCAAGUUUCCCCCAGUCUUCAUGGCACAGUUUAGAUUUGACAGUGUUUCAAGGUAUCCUGUCACAUAUACUGCAUUCAUUGCACACUGGUGAACAAAUUAUCUUGGGAACACGCAUAUGUUCAGUUACCUCUGACUGCUGUACAAGUGUGAGGGGGCAAGAAAAUACCAAUUAUAUAUAGUUAAAAUACGUUUUAGGACUAUUAUUUGAAGUAAACUCCUUAUGAGUUAACUCCCUAAGACAACCACUCAAGAACCUGAAAAUAUGGCUCAUAAGUUGCUGUUAUUUUCAGUGCCAUGUUGUGGUAUUCCACAUCAUGUGAAAUCAUCCAUAGAGGCUGCAUUUACACACACAGCCAAAUUAUUCUUUUUUUGAUCAGUUCUUUUGCCAAUAAUUGUGCAAGAAAAUCUGAAUUGGGCUGCAUGUGUAAUCGCAGCCUUACUACUGCAUACAUUAUGAAAUAUUUGGGAUUUACCCUGUCUGGACAAUCCUUUGCUGUGCAUACCUGGACACCAAGUGUAUUUAUAUCUGUCUGUGUUAAAUGAUACUGUGGAUUUCCCCAGGCCUCUUCCUCUCUUUGUAAUUCAAUCACUGACCUAACAUAGCAUUUUUUGUAUUUUUUAUUCACCGGCGUGGAAGGCUACAGUUGUUUGCUUUGUAUUUUGGGGUGGAUUUGAGUUUGAGGAACUUAGUUUAUUUGGUUUACUUGGAUGUGUUUUGGGGGUUUAGUUACGGUGUGGUUAAUUUGUGGUUGUUGUGCAUGUUUGCUAUUAACAAUAGAUUGUUUUCAUUUAUCUUGUCAUUUUUAACUGGGGGGGUUUCUCUAAAGAUGGUUGACCUGUAAAAUUGUGAGUACUGUGUUUUUAUUAGUAGUAGCUGGUACAUAGGAAAUACAGUGCAUUCGGAAAGUAUUCAGACCCCUUGACUUUUUCCACAUUUUGUUACGUUACAUCCUUGUUCUAAAAGUAAUUCAAUUGUUUUUUCCCCUCAAUCUACACACAAUACCCCAUAAUGAAAAACUGACAUCACAUUUACAUAAGUCUUCAGACCCUUUACUCAGUACUUUGUUGAAGCACCUUUGGCGGUGAUUACAGCUACAAGUCUUCUUCGUUAUGAUGCUACAAGCUUGGCACACCUGUAUUUGGGGAGUUUCUCCCAUUCUCUGCAGACCCUCUCAAGCUCUGUCAGGUUGGAUGGGGAGCAUCACUGCACAGAUAUUUUCAGGUCUCCUGAGAUGCUCGAUCGGGUUCAAGUCUGGGCUCUGGCUGGGCCACUCAUGGACAUUCAGACUUGUCCCGAAGCCACUCCUGCGUUGUCUUGGCUGAGUGCUUAGGGUCGUUGUCCUGUUGGAACGUGAACCUUCGCCCCAGUCUGAGGUCCUGAGAACUCUGUGGCAGGUUUGCAUGAAGGUUCUCUCUGUACUUUGCUCUGUUCAUCUUUCUCUCGAGCCUAACUAGUCUCCCAGUCCCUCCAGCUGAAAAACAUCCCCACAGCAUGAUGCUGCCACCACUAUGCUUCACUGUAGGGAUGGUUCCAAGUUUCUUCCAGACGUGACACUUGGCAUUCAGGCAAAAGAGUUGGUUUCAUCAGACCAGAUCAUCUUGUUUUUCAUGGUCUGAGAGUCCUUUAGGAGCCUUUUUGCAAACUCCAAGCAGGCUGUUAUGUGCCUUUUUACUGAGGAUUGGCUUCCUUUUGGCCACUCUACUAUAAAUGCCUGAUUGGUGGAGUGCUGCAGAGAUGGUUGUCCUUCUGGAAGGUUCUCCCAUCUCCACAGAGGAAUUCUGGAGCUCUGUCAGAGUGACCAUCAGGUUAUUGGUCACCUCAAUGACCAAAGCCCUUAUCCCCCGAUUGCUCAGUUUGGCCAGGCGGUCAGAUCUAGGAAGAGUCUCUUGGUUAAUUCCAAACUUCUUCCAUUUAAGAAUGAUGGAGGCCACUGUGUUCUUGGGGAUUUUCAAUGCUGCAGACAUUUUUUGGUACCCUUCUGCAGAUCUGUGCCUCAACACAAUAAUGUCUCGGAGUUCUACAGACAAUUCCUUCGACCUCAUGGCUUGGUUUUUGCUCUGACAUGCACUGUCAACUGUGGGACCUCAUAUAGACAGGUGUGUGCCUUUCCAAAUAAUGCCCAAUCAAUUGAAUUUACUCCAAUCAAGUUGUAGGAACAGCUCAAGGAUGAUAAAAGGAAACAGGAUGCACCAGAGCUCAAUUUCAAAUCUCAUAGCAAAGUGUCUGAAUACUUUUGUAAAUAAGGUAUUUCUGUUAAGUUUUUGUAAAUUUGCAAAAAAUGUCUAAACCUGUUUUGCUUUGACAUGAUUGUGUCAAAGCAUGAGGGAAAAAUGCAUUUAAUCCAUUUUAGAAUAAGGCUGUAAUGUAAGUAAAUGUGAAGGGGUCUGAAUACUUUCAGAAUGCACUAUAUGUCAUAUUGGGUUAGAGGAUAUGUUUUACAUGCUAUCUUCCCUAUCUGCCCUACUUACCUGCUUCUGUUUUCAUACCUGACCAUCAGCCAAGUAUUUGCACGUUAUCCUGAUAUUAUGUACUCUGUGUUGGGGAAGCUACUUUGAACAGAUCACGCUGCAGUCAGAUGUUAAACUAAUAUGAAAUGUAUUCAAUUAAUCACAACAACAAAAUUCAAGUGAGCAUUUGGGCGGUCCGAUGCUGAAAAAUAAAGAUGAUUGCCUAUUUCACCCAUAUUUUAUUUUUGGAAAAGAGUAGUAGAAUGUAGUUCCAGUAGUUAGCCACACCAUUACAUGGCAAAAAAGUAAUUCGCUACUGAAAACACUACCUUGAUUUCAAUUUAGUUCAACUACCACCAAGCUACUGCAAAAAUGUUGUUAAAUCACUAGUUGAACUACAUGUACAGUACUUCACUACUCCCCAACACUGCAAGUACUGUAACUUCAAAUUGAUAUUAAGAGUUAUGGAGGAUGUUACAUGCAAUAAAUAGUACAUGCAGUUGUACGUCCUUUGAAAAUGUGCCUACCUCUGAAGAAGUUUGAAUGCCACUUUAAAAAGCAAACCAUUUUACCUUGUGGUAAAUCUGCCAAGUUUUACACCCCCUUAUUCUGAACCCUGUCUUCAGCUUUACUUCCUUUUCAGUCCUUGUCCAAUGCCUUUUAUUUUGGUUCUGUAUCCUCUUUGUGUUUUAAUUGUAUAUGCAUUUGAUUUGUGAAUCAGCUAUACAUAAUCUUAUGUUUGAAUGUGGGUGAAAGAACUUGAUCAAAUUUGUACAAAAGCAGACUAUUAAAAACGAUGUAAACUAUU